CCGCUGUCUGUUUGUCAUUCUGCUCAUGGCAGUGUAUUGGUGCACGGAGGCCCUGCCACUGUCGGUGACAGCACUGCUACCCAUCAUCCUCUUCCCCUUCCUGGGCAUCCUGCCCUCCAACAAGGUCUGCCCCCAGUACUUCCUGGACACCAAUUUCCUCUUCCUCAGUGGAUUGAUCAUGGCCAGCGCCAUCGAGGAGUGGAACCUGCACCGAAGGAUUGCUCUCAAGGUCCUCAUGCUCAUCGGAGUCCAGCCAGCCAGGCUCAUCCUCGGGAUGAUGGUGACCACCUCAUUCUUGUCCAUGUGGCUGAGCAACACGGCCUCCACCGCCAUGAUGCUGCCCAUUGCCAACGCCAUCCUCAAGAGCCUCUUUGACCACAAGGAGACUCGGAAGGACCUCAGCCAGCAGAGUGACGACAGCACAGUUGCUGUGCGGAGAAAUGGGCUGCACACGGCGCCCACAGAGAUGCAGUUUCUUGCCAGCACAGAAGGCAGAGGUCACCCUGAAGAGGCGGAGGCACCACUGGAUCUGCCCUCAGACUCCACCAAGGAGGAGGAAUACCGCAGGAACAUCUGGAAGGGCUUCCUUAUCUCCAUCCCCUACUCGGCCAGCAUUGGGGGCACCGCCACUCUCACAGGCACAGCCCCCAACCUCAUCCUGCUCGGCCAGCUCAAGAGUUUCUUCCCGCAGUGCGACGUGGUGAACUUCGGCUCCUGGUUCAUCUUCGCCUUCCCCCUUAUGCUGCUGUUCCUGCUGGUGGGCUGGCUCUGGAUCUCCUUCCUGUACGGGGGCAUGAGCUUGCGGGGCUGGAGGAAGAAGAAGUCACAGAUAAGAGCUGACGCAGAGGACAAGGCUCGAGCUGUGAUUCGGGAAGAAUUCCGGAACUUGGGACCCACCAAGUUUGCCGAGCAAGCCGUUUUCAUUCUGUUCUGCGCAUUUGCCAUCCUCCUCUUCUCCCGGGAUCCGAAGUUCAUCCCUGGCUGGGCCAGCCUCUUCGACCCUGGGUUCAUUUCCGAUGCUGUCACCGGCGUUGCCAUUGUCAUCAUCUUGUUCUUCUUCCCAUCAAAAAGACCCUCUCUCAAGUGGUGGCUUGAUUUCAAAGCUCCCAACACGGAGACAGAGCCCCUGCUGAGCUGGAAGAAGGCGCAGGAGACCGUGCCUUGGAACAUCAUUUUGCUCCUGGGAGGUGGCUUCGCCAUGGCCAAAGGCUGCGAGGAGUCCGGGCUGUCGGCAUGGAUCGGUGGGCGGCUACACCCCCUGGAGCACGUGCCCCCUGUGCUGGCUGUCCUGCUCAUUACCAUCGUCAUCGCCUUCUUCACGGAGUUCGCCAGCAACACGGCCACCAUCAUCAUCUUCCUGCCCGUCCUGGCGGAGCUGGCCAUCCGCCUGAGAGUGCAUCCACUGUAUCUGAUGAUACCCGGCACAGUUGGCUGUUCCUAUGCCUUCAUGCUGCCUGUCUCUACGCCCCCCAACUCAAUUGCCUUCGCCUCUGGACACUUGCUGGUUAAAGACAUGGUGCGGACAGGCUUCCUGAUGAAUCUGAUGGGUGUCCUGCUGCUCAGCCUGGCCAUGAACACCUGGGCACAGACCAUCUUCCAGCUGGGCACCUUCCCGGACUGGGCCAAUGUCCAUUCAGCCAACGUCACAGCACUGCCACCCACCUUGGCCAAUGACACAUUUCGGACCCUCUGA